GAACGAUGCCUGCCAAUGAUUGCCCUGUUUCUGGACACCGCAGACGCGCCCAGCUCGCCGGCGCCCUACUUCCACAUGGGGGGCGACGAGGUGCACCUCGGCUGCUGGAACUCGUCGCGCGAGGUGGUGGACUACAUGAGCAGCGCGCUCGCCCGGCCCAAGAGGCGCAAGGAGGACUUCAUCGCGCUGUGGGGCCACUUCCAGGCGCGCGCCACGCAGGCGCUGGACCGCGCUCAGCAGGCGCUCAGCCAGACGCUCAGCCAGCCCAGCGAGAUCGCCACGGACGCCCCUAUCCCGGACGUCGACGCGGAGGUGGAGGGAGACGGACAGGGCAACUCGGUGCUCCGCCGGCACGAGGCCCCGGACGCGCCAGCCUCCCCGUCGGGCCCCGGGGCCGCACCCGAGGACGACCUCGACGAGGAGCGCGCGGCCAAGGGCGGGUACGACGCCACCGGCACCACCGGCAUGCCCGUGAUCCUGUGGACGUCCGAGCUGACCGCCGCCAACGUGGUUGAGAAGUACCUGGACAAGGACAGGUACGUGAUCCAGCUGUGGCUGCGAGCGGGCGAUCCCCUCGCCAGGGACCUGGUCUCCAAGGGCUACCGAGUGAUCGUAUCAACGAAGGACGCCUGGUACUUGGAUCACGGCUUUGGCAACUGGAAAGGCAACUCGACCUCGGGGUACGGCUACCACCCCUGGCAGGUGGCGUACGACAACGACCCGCUUUCCGGACUGGAGGGGCUGAGCGGUGCAGCCCGACAAGUGCUGGGCGGGGAGGCUGCCAUGUGGGGCGAGCAGGCCGACCAGAGUGGCGCCAGCACCAAGACCUGGCCGCGGGCCGCCGCGGUGGCGGAGCGGCUGUGGUCCGGCUCAGCGGCCGGCACCUGGACGGCGGCGAGGAUCCGAUUCGUGCGUCACCGGGACAGGAUGGCGCGGCUGGGCACGCCGUCGGAGGCCGUGCAGCCCGAGUGGUGCACCCAUCACGAGGGCCAGUGCUACUGACACCCGGCUCACCUGCCUAUGGUAUAGGCCCUACAGAUCUAGUCGCGCCGACACGGCGGCGGAGCCACCCGACGGCCUGGAACUGCUUUGAUCUCACUAAGAUGUAACGAACGCUGCGGUGUUUGUUUUUUUGUAUUUUCUAUACUAUCGAAACUGUUAUUUUUGUACAAAUAUCAUAGAAUAAACUUAUGAGGUUAAAA